UGCGCAUGCCCAGUGAAACCGGAAGUUCAUGUUUAUUUUCAGCUCUGAAAAUGACACAAAAUACACCUCAAACAAUAUCGGUUACCAACUCACAUGAUACAUCUUCAACAAUGACACUAGUGUCUUACUGUAGACGGGUCCUUCAGGCAUUUCUAGAUACAAAGGCUGACAUUUUUGAUGAUACUUGUAUGGAUAAAUUGAUUGAAUGGUUGGAGUCUUUUUUUGAGAGUUCUACAAUGCUAACAGAAACAAAUGUGGCAGUACAAGAUUUACAGAACUUCAUAGUGAACGAUUUUCUUGUUGCAUUUCCGAUGAAACAGCAUUCAUCAUCCAUGAAUACAUUCAAUCUUAAACUGAUAAGUGGACUGCAGUCUAUAUUGACUGAUACUGGGUAUGUUUGGAAUAUAUGUGCCAAAUACACCCAAUGCAAUAGUGUUUGGGAUGAUCCAUCUGUUCGAUACGCAUGGUUGAACACUGUAAAGUCUUUAAUUAAGACCCAGUCACAGAUGAACAAUGUGGAUUUGAUGAGUUCUAUGCUACAUCCACUCAAGUGCAACAAUGGAUCAGAGAAGGACGAAGUAGUACAGAAAGACUUAAUUGCAUCAGCUGGUAUCCUGGAGGUGAUCUGGCAGUGUGUGUUAGACAAAAGCAUGUUUGUGGCCAAUGCUGCUCAGGACCUGUUGGUCACCCUGUUGCAGCAUUCAAACUCCAGCCAAAAUAACAGCAAACUAAACAAUGGAUACGUCCCAAACCAUCAAAGAGAUGAAUCACGAAUGAGAAGUGGCACUGAUGAGCACAGUAAACCCAUAGCAGCUGAAGAUGACCCGAAAGCAGAUGCUGAUAUAUCAAAUAUUCAUGAAUUGUGUAACAAUUUCUUUAUUGAAAAAGUUUGCAAAGGGAUUAGACAUACUCAAGAUAAGAAUUUGACAUUCAUUCCUUUAGACAACUCAAGCACAGACAAUGUCACUAUGAUAAGGUUAAAUAUCUUACAUAAGCUGGGAGUGAGGGACUCAGUGCUUUUAGUGAAAGUUUUAGAACAAAGUGAUGCAAUUCACAAUAUAGAGGAUUCGAUUAAAGAUCUUCACACAGAGGCCACUAUUAAAAGGACAGCUUGUAAAGUUUAUGCUUUGUAUGUGAAGGAAACUACAUGGGUGAAUAGUCUGGAUUUUCUUGACUCUCUGAGGUCUUCCAAUGCUGGGAAUGUUGGUCCUUGUAGAACAUCUGCUUUAUCUCUGGCAGUUGAACUGUAUUUACUGAUACCUAGCUGCCCUGAGUCCCUCCAGCCUAAGAUGCUUCAAGCUCUAGAGGAUGCCAUCAAUGAGCCUCUCCAGCUUCUACUGGAAGAAGGAGUUGUCUCAAAUGCUCAGGAGGAGGAUGCUAAAAUGAAGAACGCUGUAGCAUUGGUGUUGAGUGGUCUGCAAAGAAUACUUGAGAAGGGUUUGUACAGAUGCAAAGCUACUUUCCCACUGCUGGUGAAGCUGUUUACUACAUUGUACCCUGUUAGGUACCAGGAUCCCCCUAGUGUAUUGAACAACCCUAGGAUAAAGGCCCAGCUAUGGAAAACCAUUGGGGAAUGUCUUAAAUCUGAAGAUGUGUUUGGGGAAGGUGAUCUGAGAUGUUUACUGACUACAUUACUGUCAAUGUUAGAGGGAAGCGAGAUGACGUCACAUGAGAUGAUGUCUGGAUUGACUGUAGCUCAGUUGACGAUUAGAAAACUGACUUGUCAACUAAAGGAGCCCAUUUCCCAGAAUUCAUACUUGUUAGAUGCAGAGAUGGAUGAACAAAUAGCUAAGAUGCUGCAGAAAUGCUUGUGUGCAGUAGACUGGAGCAUUAGGGAUUCUGCUGUCAAGCUCAUCAAAGACCUAAUGACUGGAUUAGGCAAUGAGAUGAUGCUUAAAGUUUGUGGCUGUAUGAAGAACUAUGGGAUUAUUUCUACUGUGUAUGGUAGUCUUAAAGAUGGUGAGAGUUAUGUUCGGUCUACUACACUGGCAACACUGUCACAUGUUGUGGAGAAUACUGGUGCAUGGUCUACUACAGGUGGAGAGAAUACUGGUCUAUGGAGUUGUUUCCUGAGUCAAGUAGGUGGACUACAGGAGGUACUGAAUGACAUCUUCAAGAUUAUACGAGAGGAUACAGAGGCAGUUGCUAGGCGACCAGCUGUAACAUGCCUGACAACCAUAUAUAGAUGCAACAUCUGCAACUCUGUAGAAUCUCAAGAGAUGCAGAACAUAAGAGAAUCUGUCUACCAGUGUAUGGCUGAUGCAAUGGAUGACUUUGAUUGGGAAGUUAAGAUGAACUCACUCCUGUUUUGGGAGACAGUGUUGCUAGAUGUAACUAAAGAGAAAGUUCAUGAUAUUGUUCCAAGUUACGCAGCUGGUUUAUUCCCACCGCCAAAAAAACAAAAAAUAGGACAACAUUUUGACAAGACAGAACAUGUUCAUGACGCUGAUGAUGUUCAAAGGGCUAUCAGAAAUCUUUGUGAAAAUGGCUGCCUCGGUGCCCUUCUUAGUGGUGUCAGAGACUAUGAAUCUCAAGUGGUCAUAAAAGCAUGCCAGUUAAUUCAGAAAUUUCGUAUAUUUAUAGAAGUAGCUGGCAUAACCAGGGAAUCUCUAAAACAACUAUGUCAAUACAAACUGAAAAUUGGAAAUAUGAAUGAAAUAUUUGAAGACACUGGCCCUAAUGAUGAAAAGGAUGGAAAUACUCAAAAUAUAACAGGCUCCAAUGACAUUGCUUCAAAUGGAGUUAAUAUUGAAACUAAGAUUAGUGAAAAUGACUUUGCUAUGGAGAUGUCUCAGACAAUACAGAAAUUACUAGAGGUUGAUGUGGACAGAACUCUAACUGAGCUUGAGGGAGUUGACUAUAUUGAGAGUCCAAUGUCCCUGUUACAAGACAUCCUGGCAUCUUUAGAGGAAAAUCAGGAUGAAGAUAAACAUGUGGAUUGCUAUUGAAUAGUGGCAUUAAUCUAACAUAGGGGUGGGGAAUGUGAAUGGGCCUGGGUCAAAAUGUGGAUUGGGUUGAAUAAGAUCAGGCAUUUAUGAAACAUGGAAUUUCUUGUGGUUGAUCUCUUACUCAAACAUUGAUUACUGGAAUACAUGAAUACUGAGAUACGAUAUGAUUUUUGUGACGGCGGAUGGUGGUUGGUGGUUGGCAAUCGGCGUCUGUAACAAUUUCUUACAACUUCCAAUAACUU